UCAAUACAGUCUCUUUGGUGUUCACUCUAUAUAGCUGAAUAGACACACUUCCAAAAUGGCUCCAGAUAUCAAGAUGUAUUUCUGCAUUCAGCUUGUUCUUGCACUAACAGGCACAGGAAUAGGAUCUGCCCUGCCAGGUAAGAGCCACAGUGGAGGGAAGAACGACCCAGUGCUGCAGUAUGUCGUGAACAACUCACUGAGAGAACAUCCUGUCAUGACCAAACUCAGACUGAAAACCCUUGAGGACCCAUGGAGCAUCAUGCUGGUUGCUAGUGAACAAGCACAACUGAUGGCAAAUCUGGCCAAACUGAUUAACGCCAGCAAAACCAUUGAAAUUGGGAUGUACACGGGGUACAACACCCUGAACAUGGCGUUGGUUGUACCAGAGAGUGGUCAAGUGGUAGCAUGUGAAAUAGACGACGAAUACGUGAACAUUGCUAAACCUUUCUUUAAAGAGGCCGGAGUCGAGGAUAAAAUUAAUGUCCGUCUUCAAAUGUGUAUAAAAACACUGGAUGAGUUGAUAGCUGCUGGGGAAGCUGGCACCUAUGACUUUGUGUUCAUCGAUGCGGAUAAACGGAACUAUGACAGAUAUUACGAGAAGUCUCUUGAGCUUGUGAGACAAGGGGGCAUCAUUGCCAUCGAUAAUGUACUCUGGAGUGGUAAAGUGGUGGACCCUGCUCCUGAUGACCUGACCUCCCAGACUCUGGACAAGCUCAACAAGAAACUCCACACGGACCAGAGGAUCGAUCUGAGCAUGCUCACUGUGGGCGACGGACUCACCCUGGCCAUCAAACGCUAACGAUAACCCAUGCUAACUCAUACUAACCUGUGAUGACAAAUGCUUAACCCAUGCUUAUUCCAAACCCACUGUGAUUUAUUUGGGAUUUAUUUGAGAUGUGGUAAACAUGAAGGGCUGGAAUAAAUAGAUGCUAUUUUCAACAAGUACUGUACGUGUACGAGUGAGAUUCACUUUUUACUUGAAAUUCGAAAGCAUGUCAGCCUCUUUCUCAGUAAGAGCUAAAUAACUACCUUUCACUCCCAGAGAUUUUUUUUUCUUUUCUUCAGGGUGUGACUAAAAUAAUUGUUUAUUAGAUUUCAUUUGAAUACAGGCUUAACUGAAUGACAACAGAAUACCAUGUGGUAGUUUUGGGGUAGGCCUCGUCUCAGAGGAAUGCUCCACAGAACCAGAUGCUGAUAACAGAUUGCUCUAUGCUGGACAGCUGGCAUCGAAACCCUCCAGCUGGGAGAAGAGGGAUGCGAUGACGGCUCUCCAGGUUACAUGCUGGUGGAGAGGUGGGAGGUCUUUGGAAGACUUUUGCUCCCAAAUAUCAAGUGAGACACAAGGGGUGAGUUGACAUACUCCCCUGGAUUUAUGCCCAUUGGUUGACAGAAAGGGAAGUGAUUAUGGCACGAGUGAGACUGUAGGUUCUGAUUUAUUUUUAUGUGUGUGUACAUGCGUUCGUGCAAGUUGAAAAAACAUGUUGACUCAACCUACUUGUAGAGAAACGUCAAUGCCAUCCUUUGUCAUGUUGACAAAACGGUUUAUGACUCUGUCAUACAGUAUUCACUUUUAGUUUUGGUUGUCCAUGGCCACCUGGCUACAAUGCUUGCUCACUAGCCUAACUGUGAUAGUUAACAUUUGUCUUCUACAUCUAGCUACAUAUUAAACUUCCGUCCUCUGGCCUGGGGCACAACAAUGUAUGCAUUUUUGGAUAGAUCAGAAUCGCUAUUAUAAUCAUUGGCUAGUACUGGAAUUGAGUAAAACCACAAGUCCAACUCCCUAUCUCCAUCCAUGGCUAAUUUAGGAAAGGGUCAAUUGUAGCUAGCUAGCUACAACAACACAACAGAAAAGCAACUAUUCAAGGGGUUUCAGAAAAUGAUGUAUUGCUCUCAAUGUGAUAUGAUUGGAGUGAAACCAAAUGCAAACUGGCUUCCCUUAACAUUUUUUUGGGUGCUCCAGGACCAUUCACAGUUGAGCUCACACAUCACACCUCACAAUGCCACAGAUGUCUCAAGUUUUUGGGGAGCGUGCAAUUGGCAUGCUGACUGCAGGAAUGUCCACCAGAGCUGUUGCCAGAUAAUUGAAUGUUCAUUUAUCUAACAUAAGCCACCUCCAACAUCGUUUAGAGAAUUUGGACGUACGUCCAAUCGGCCUCACAACCGCAGACCACGUGUAACCACGCCAGCCCAGGACCUCCACAUCCGGUUUCUUCACCUGCGGGUUCGUCUGAGACCAGCCACCCGGACAGCUGAUGAAACUAUGGGUUUGCACAACCAAAGCAUUUUUGCACAAACUGUCAAAAACAGUCUCAGGGAAGCUCAUCUGCGUGCUCGUCGUCCGCACCAGGGUCUUGACCUGACUGCAGUUUGGCAACGUAACCGACUUCAGUGGGCCGAAUGCUCACCUUUGAUGGCCACUGGCACGCUGGAGAAGUGUGCUCUUCACGGAUAUAUCCCGGUUUCAACCGUACCGGGCAGACAGCAGACAGCAUGUAUGGCAUUGUGUGGGCGAGUGGUUUGCUCAUGUCAACGGUGUGAACAGAGUGUUUCAGCAUGAUAAUUCACAGCCCCAUGUCGCAAGGAUCUGUACACAAUUCCUGGAAGCUAAAAAUGGCCCAGUUCUUCCAUGGCAUGCAUCACACAACUGUGGAAAGCAAUGGAAUCAACAUGUGCCAGCAUCCCUGUGGAACGCUUUCAACUUGAGUGCAACACAAUAUUAGGAAGUUGUGUACAGUCAGUGUAUCUACUGAGUAACUUUCACCUGAUCUAAAAGCACUUUCUCAACACUUUUUUUUGCAUAGGGGGUGGGGUGAGGGCAGUUAGGGGUUACAUAUUACAAUACCCCGAAAUUAUAAAAAUGUUGAAUGUGAAAUGUGUUAAAAUAUGUGAAUCACUGUGUAUCAUUUUCUAACAAACAUCUAUCAAGUGACACGGAGUUAAUGUAGUGCUUGUUUUAGUGGUGAUACACUAUUUUACAAUAAAAAAUAUGUUUGCUGAGA